AUGGCUGCCAAUCUCGAAGAGGAGCAGAGUUUACGCGAAUGUGAAGAAUACGUCCAACGACAUAACAUUCAGCAGGUUCUUAAGGACUGUAUUGUUCAAUUGUGUGUGGGGAGACCUCAAAAUCCGAUACCGUUCCUGCGUGAAUACUUUCAGAAACUUGAGAGGGAACAAGCGCACGAUGCAAAACAACAGAUUGCGACAAGUCCCGAGGACAUUGAGGAUCUUCCCGCGGGUCAGCAAGGUCCUCAAGUACCGCGGCGCCGAGGUGGGAUAUCUGCCGAGCCAGUGUCUGAGGAAGAUGCGACGAGUUACGUCAAAAAAGUUGUGCCCAAGGACUACAAAACUAUGGCUGCAUUGAGUAAAGCCAUUGCCAAAAAUGUUUUAUUCGCACAUUUAGAUGAAAAUGAAAGAUCAGAUAUUUUUGACGCCAUGUUUCCUGUUACUUUUCUACCUGGAGAACUGAUUAUUCGCCAGGGCGAUGAAGGAGAUAAUUUUUAUGUUAUUGACCAAGGAGAAGUUGAAAUAUUUGUUAAUGGAGAAUUGGUAACCACAAUCGGUGAGGGUGGUAGCUUUGGCGAAUUGGCGUUGAUCUAUGGGACUCCACGUGCUGCAACAGUACGCGCUAAGACGGAUGUCAAACUCUGGGGUAUUGAUCGUGAUUCUUAUCGACGUAUUCUCAUGGGCUCUACGAUUAGAAAAAGAAAAAUGUAUGAAGAGUUUUUAUCCAGAGUAUCCAUUCUCGAGUCACUUGAUAAAUGGGAGCGGUUAACGGUAGCAGAUGCCCUUGAACCAGUUGUUUUUGAAGACGGUGAAACAAUUGUAAGACAAGGAGAACCUGGAGAAGACUUUUAUAUUAUUGUCGAAGGGACAGCUGUGGUACUUCAGCAACGUAGCGAAGGAGAAGAACCAACAGAAGUUGGAAGACUUGGUCCAUCUGAUUACUUUGGUGAAAUUGCAUUACUGCUGGACAGGCCACGUGCAGCAACGGUGGUAGCUCGUGGUCCAUUGAAAUGCGUUAAACUUGACAGAGCACGCUUCGAGCGGGUCUUGGGGCCGUGCGCAGAUAUUCUCAAACGGAACAUCACUCAGUAUAAUAGCUUUGUUUCACUAUCUGUGUGA